AUGGCAAUAUUCCUUCAGUCCCUUUGUAUCAAGCUUGGAACGGUUACUGGCUAUGAUUUGGCCCGUUGUUGUCGUGAAUAUUUGCCCAGGAAACUCAACUACGUGAUGUGGUUCUUUGCAGAAAUUGCAAUCAUCGCGACUGAUGUUGCAGAAGUAAUUGGAUCUGCUAUAGCUCUCAAUAUCUUGCUAAGGAUUCCCUUGCCAGCAGGUGUUGUGAUCACGAUCGUUGAUGUCUUGGUGGUUCUUGCCGCCUAUAAGUCUGAUCAGCCUCUGGCAAACUUCAUCAGAUUCUUCGAAUAUGCUGUAGCGGUUUUAGUCAUCGGAGUUAUAUCGUGCUUUGUUGCAUUGUUGGCAUACCUUCCUCGCGAGACUACACCAGUCGGGCUUGUCUUUCGAGGCUUUGUUCCAUCGAAAGAGAUGACAGAAAAUGGGGGUUUGAGCAUUGCAACCUCUAUUAUCGGUGCGACAGUAAUGAUUCAUUCUCUCUUCUUGGGUUCUGGAAUUGUGCAGCCUCGUCUCAGAGAGUACGAUGCACAGCAUGGGGGCCUCUCACCGAUGUCAGUGGAGUCUACAGAAGGAAAAGACUCGACAAUUAAUGAAAAAGUCACCGAGUUUAUUGAAAAGGAGUACAAACCUCUGUUCGCAGCUAUCAAGUAUUGCUACAAAUAUUCUGUCAUUGAGCUAGUGGUAACCCUCAUGACAUUUGCAGUUUUUGUCAACGCGGCCAUUCUCAUUGUGGCUGGUGGUUCUCUAUACGGUACUCCGCAGGCCUCUGGAGCAGACUUGUAUGCUAUCCACGACUUGCUCCUGAAAAUCUUAGCUCCAGUAGCUGGAACCAUAUUUAUGUUGGCUUUACUUUUGUCGGGUCAAAGCGCUGGUAUCGUUUGCACUAUUGCAGGACAGAUGGUGAGUGAAGGUCAUUUGAAUUGGACUUGUAGGCCAUGGAUAAGAAGAUUGGCAACCAGGGCCAUCUCAAUUGUGCCUUGUCUUAUCAUAUCAGUUUGCAUUGGCCGUCCCGCUUUGAGCGCUGCUCUUAAUGUCUCGCAGAUUGUCAUUUCACUCCUUCUCCCACCUCUUAUGAUGCCACUCAUCUAUUUCACUUGCAACAAAAGAAUCAUGAGAGUCGAGAAGGUGAGAGGUGAUGCCAUCGUCUCAUCCGCAGGUAACGAAGGAAGUGAAGAACAAAUUUCAGAGGAAAGUGACGCGGUAGAUUACCAUCAGAUGGAAAACUCGUGGGUCACUAGUGUUUGUUUGGUUGUUAUCUGGCUUUUUGUGUCAGGUUUAAACAUUUAUUCGAUCGUAUCGAUGGCUCAAACCGGUAUAUACUCCGCAUAG